AUGUCAAAGCGCAUUUGUCUUGGAGUAUUAUCUGUGCUGUUUGUACUGUCGACGACCAAGCUCAAAGCUAUACAAGGAAUGACAAAUCAUACAAACAUUUUCCAUUUAGAGCAUUUCCAGUGGUACUUCCAGUCAGCUAAUAGCAGUAUUAAAGGAAAAGCUGAAGUUCCCGGAGAUAUCUACAAAGAUUUACUUCAUCUUAAUUACAUUACUGAACCGUUAUUCGGAGCAAAUGAUUAUUCACUUCGUUGGGUGCCACGAACAGAUUGGACGUAUUACACUACUUUUGAUAUUACAAAAAAUUGGACUAAGGUAAAAAUUGUAUUAUUGAAUGUUUAUGGACUAGAUACCAUAGCAGAUGUAUUCUUCAAUGAUGAACUAAUCUUGAAAGCAAACAAUCAAUUCCUGUUAUAUACUGUAGUUUUAAAAAAUUGGAAAAUUGGAAAGAAUAAUUUGGUCAUUCGUUUUGAAUCGCCCAUUAAUUAUGCAAAACAAAGGUCUGAUAGUUACCAGAAACUGUUUGGCCAUGUCCUCCCACCAGAAUGCCCUGUCUACGAAUUCAGAGGUGAAUGCCAUGUCAACUUCAUUAGAAAGAUUCAAGCAAGUUUUGGCUGGGACUGGGGACCGUCGUUACCGACAGUUGGAAUCUGGCAACCUAUCACUGUAGAAGGAGUACAAACAGUAUUCUUGCAAAAAAUAUCGACCCUUGUUUCAUAUCAAAAGCCAAAUUUUAUCGUUCUGGUUGAAAUCACAGUAUGGAGUGCAAUGAAAACAAGCAAUGUUGAAGUGAUUAUAUCAAUUUCUGAUAUUUCCAUCAGUGAACAGUUCCAAGUUUCAUUCAUUUCAAUGCAACGAAAUACUGUAAAAAGAAAAGUUAUAGUACCUGACAAUCUUAUUGAGCGAUGGUGGCCCAGUGGAAGCGGUAAACAAAAGUUGUACAAUUUGACUGCAACUAUAAUUUGCAAAGAGGAAAUGUAUAAUAAAACAAUACGAAUUGGUUUUCGAACAGUGGAACUGAUACAAAAUUAUGUUGAUAAUGAAAAGCCUGAGCUUGGACGAGAAUUCUACUUCAAAAUCAAUGAUCGUCCUAUAUUUCUAAAAGGUUCAAAUUGGAUACCGUCAUCUGCAUUUCCGGCUCGAAAUCACCGGUUCAGGCAGGAAUUUCUACUUAAAUCAGCUCAUGCAUCAAAUAUGAAUGUAUUACGUGUAUGGGGUGGUGGUCGUUAUGAAAGUGAUUACUUCUACGAUUUGGCUGAUGAACUGGGGAUAUUAAUUUGGCAAGAUAUGAUGUUUGCUUGUGCUUUAUAUCCUGUUGAUAAGGAAUAUUUAUAUAAUGUCCAAGACGAAAUAUACUUCCAGAUAGAACGUCUUCGACAUCACCCAUCUAUUUUCAUUUGGUCUGGCAAUAAUGAAAACGAACUUGGUGUACGUCAAUGGUUUGCAGCCAGAAAUUAUACCUUAACUCAGUCCGUAUCAGACUACAUGAAAUUAUACAAUGAAACAAUACGAUCCAUCAUAGCUAGACUGGAUGAUAGCAGACCGUAUAUACUAUCAAGUCCCACAAAUGGACUUGAAUCCGAAAAAGAGGGUGGUGUUGCGUUAAACCCUUCUGAUGAGAAAUAUGGUGAUAUUCAUUUUUAUACUGAGAUAUUUGACCUCUGGAAAGAUUCCACUUAUCAGAUCCCGCGUUGUUCUUCAGAAUAUGGUGUGCAGUCAUUUCCAAGGAAAGAAACAAUGCUGAAAUGGUUGAAUGAAAGUGACUGGUCGUAUACGAGCAAAGGAAUGCAACGAAGGCAACAUCACCCCGGUGGAUUCAUUGCUCAGCUAUUGAUGAUUUUCGCUCACUUCAGAAUUCCAAAUGAGUGUGAGAAUAAAGUAAGCGUUUCGUGUGAAUAUUUUAAAACUAGCACUUUUAUGGAUCGCUUCGUUUACUUAUCUCAGUUUCACCAAGCCAUUGCUUAUCAGAUACAAACUGAACAUUAUCGCAGAUGGAGUGGACAUUUGACUAAAGAUGGACGUGGGCACACAAUGUGUGCCUUAUAUUGGCAGUUAAAUGAUCUGUGGGCAGCUCCAACAUGGUCAAGUAUUGACUACGAAUUAUCAUGGAAACCUGUGCAGUACUUUGCUCGUCGAUUCUUCGCACCUGUCAUACUUUCCAUUGUAAAGAACGAUGAUAUUCAUCUCUUUCUUAUCUCAGAUCUUAUACACUCCAUAUCUGAUGUAACAGUGAUUUUGGAAAUCUAUGCUUGUUGUGAUAGCUUCAAACCAAUUCAUUUUUCACAUCAUAACAUCAGUCUGAUUCCUCCACAAUCAUCCACUGAAAUUUCUAUCGGUGGAUCAAUCCUCCAAAUAAAAAGCGCUGAGUUGAACAACAAACAUGUGCUGCGUGCAAAAAUCCUGUCAAGUGAUGGUACUCAGAUUGGUUAUGACGCUAUUCAUUUGUCCAAUGAACUUUUUGUGAUGGAUGAACUGAACUUUGGAAUCGCACACAUUCGGGAAGUAAACAUAAAAAGUGAUGUAUUGUAUGAGAUCGAAGUAAACGCUGAUAAAAUAGCACCACUUGUGUAUUUGGAAUUAGCUUCUGGUCUUGUUGGAUGGUUUUCAGAUAACGCAUUUACGAUGACAGAAGCGAAAAAAAUUGUGCAGUUAUUCUUAUUUAAGCAACCUAAACGUCCUCUAGUCAAAAAUGAUAUUAUGAUCUGUUCAUUGCGUAACUGUGGCAGAAUAAGCAAAUAA